AUGGACGAGGCGGCAAAUAAGACAGUAAAGUCUCCAGAAAAGUAGGUGAUGUCAUGCACAAGGUUGUUCACCUUUAGACCGACGGGUGCAUCCAAACCAAUCAUUCCGGACAACCUUAGGCGGCGAAAUAGUGUGGUAAGGGUUUGUUUUUUAUGUUUAAAGUGCUUUAGAAUGAGAGGGGAACCGGGAACGUGAAGAAAAACACAAACCCCAUCAAAGACGAUGAGUAAGUCAAUGUAAAUUAUUGAACUGUAAUCUUCGAAUGUUUAGUGAUACCGAGAGAAGAAAGUCAUGGCAAGAUCCAAGCAACCCGCAUUUCCGUAAGUGCAUAUGUUAUGUUACUACUAUGUGUCUAGAGUUAAACGGCCAUUAUUUGGCUGAUCUUUCUGAUCGAGUAGCCCGGAUGUACGAUAAUCCCUUAUAUGCCGACGUAGCGUUCCUGGUUGGAGAAAAAGAAGAGGUAAUCAACACUGUCUUUAUAUUUACUCCAUAUUUAGAGACAUACAGCGCACAAACUUAUCUUAUCCCUAAGUUCUGAAGUCUUUGGAACCAUGCUAUACAACGACAAGUUUGACCAAAACAUUGUGAAUGGGUGUCAAGAGAUCAAAGUCCCCGAUAUUGAUUCCGAAACCUUCAAAAAGGUUAUUCAAUUCAUGUACACCGACACAAUUCAGUUGGAUCUGGACUCCGUGAUUAAUGUCUUAUAUUGUGGUAAGUGUUUCAAAUAAUAAAAUUUAUUCUUGACUUUAGCCCGAAAAUAUGCUAUUCUGAACCUGGAGCGGAGAUGUUCGGACUUUCUUGAGCAACAUUUGACAGUAGAGAAUGCGUUUAUUAUUCUCGGCCAAGCUAAAUUGUACGACCAAACUCAUCUGGCUAGGGUUUGUUUUGAUCUGAUAGACAAGGAGACGAUCGAAGUUCUAAAAACCGACGGGUUUUUGGAAGUGGGGAAAGAAGUCUUGAACGAUGUCUUCAGGAGAGACACUUUGAGGAUUAUGGAGCCAGACCUUUUUGAUUUAGUGAUCAGAUGGGCGGAGGCUGAAUGUGGAAGAAAGAAGUUGAAGCCGAUUGGAGAAAAUAUGAGGAAAGUUCUUGGGGAGACAUUGUAUACUAUCAGGUUUCCACUGAUGACUUUAGAAGAGUUCUCUGGAUUAAUGAGUAGGUCGUUAUUGUUGUAGUAUAAAUUUAAAUUUAGCCAAGUAUCGUGGAUUUUUAACCGACCGUGAAGCUCUUGACGUCUUCUUACACCACCAUCUAGAAGAAAAGCCUUCAAUCCCCUUCCCAUCCAGAAGUCGUUAUCGAGUUUUGGGCAAAGAAUUGGUGAUUACAAGGUUUCAAAGGAUCGAAAGUCGCUGGGGGUACAGUGGAAGCGCCGAUAGAAUCAAGUAAGUGGUUUGUUAAGCAUAAAUAGGUUUGUGUGCAUUGAUUUAAGUUGUUUUAGUGGGAGUAGAGGUUACACACAAUUCAAAAAAAUUUAGGUGGGGAUAAACCAGAUACGGAAUGCGCGGUUGUAUUUGCUAAUGUUAGUCGUAAAAAACAGUAAUUAUGAUAAUGUCGAAAUUACUUUACUUUGUUUAGAUUCACAGUUGAUGUUCCCAUUUUUAUCACAGCCUUAGGGCUUUAUGGAUCGAUGCAUGGACCGUACCAAUAUGCAGUGAAAUUGGAGGUAGGAUAUAUUUAAAAUAAUUUGUUAUUUUAGAUAACCGAUUUCUCAUCGAAUAAAGGGAUCGCGAUAAAUGAUACAACCUUCCAAUGUGAUGGAAGUGCAGGAAUAUUUAGAGUACCCUUCAAAGAACCGGUGGAAAUAUUGGCCAAUGUUACUUAUGAGAUUUCAGCGACGAUAAAAGUAAGUUUUGAUAAGUCGGAGAGGAAAAUGGUUUUUAAGAUAAUUGUUGACAUUGUGAUUGUAAUUCGGAAGUGAUUAUUAGGUUCAUAAGUAUGGCCGUGCCGUUUUUACGGCUUUUAAAUUCAAGCAAAGCAAAAAAGUUUACAUUAAAGAGUAAAACUUCCUUCCCGAUGAUGUUUCGUAUGUUCUCAAGUCCUUUCUUUCUGGGUUUUUCUCAUUUGAUGCAAACUGAGUAAAGCUUCUUUUUGGUUGAGCUUGCUGGGUAACUUUUCUUGCGUCAUCGUUUUUAUUCAACAAUCUACAUCUUGAAUUUUUUAGAUGGGUUUGAAAAUUACCAGUUUUGAAACGUUGAAACCAUUCCCGACGGAUUGUUUCUCAUAAAGCACGGCCACCCUUAAGCCUUAUUAAGCCUUAUCAUACGAAACGUAACUCAAUGGAUUUAGUUUCCAACGUUCUUUCAGGUUAUCUGAACAGACACGCCAAAUUUUGUAAUUGCAAAAAAUGAACAAUAUGAAGUCUUAAGGCGCGGUCAUACUCCUAAACCUAAAUAAAUAUAUGGUUAAUGGGUUGGAUUUCAGGGUCCUGAUUCCCAUUACGGUGCGAAGGGUCUUCGAAGAAUCUCCCGUCACUCCUCACAAGGGACGAUCACUUUUCAAUUCAGCUAUGCUCAUGGGACCAAUAAUGGGACCUCAGUGGAUGAUGGACAGAUCCCAGAGAUCAUAUUUUGUCUUAAAGAAGGAUAA